AUGAAAAUAUUUCUUAUUCUCCUGGUAUCGUUGCUCGCACUGAUCUCUGCGAAACCUCAUCCUGGAUAUGGAAGACCUUCGUAUGGUGGUGGUGACUUCGGUGGUGGAGGGGAUAGCGGUGGUCAAUGGGGAUCUCAAUCAUCAUCAUUCCAACAAAGUCAAAGUUCCGGUGGAUUUCAGAACAGUAAUGGCGGAUUCAACGGAGGAGGAAUGGGACCAGGUGGAGGUGGUGGCUGGGGAAGAUGA